AUGUGGGAGGAUGUCGAUGUAAUUCAUACCUUUUAUGCUUUUUACUUUGACAAAGUUGCUGAAUCAACCAGCCAUUCCAAUUCCAAUAACUCUAAAUUUGGGAGAAAUCAAGUUGUUGCCGUUGUUUUCACCAUUAGUGGAGUUUUCCUGAUCAUUAUAAGCUUCACUGUUUAUUGGAAGAGAAAAACUGCAUCAACUCAUCUCGGAGCAACACUUGUAGAAAGCAAUCUCAAUACCAAAACAAAUAAUGAAGCUAAUCACAACCAGGAAGAUACGUAUGCAGAAGCACAGGAAGGAAUUUAUGAUAAAUCCGGAGACAGUCGUCAUAAAAAAGUCGAAAAUUCUGAGCAUUUUGAUACAACAAAAAAUCUGAAAACUGCAUCAACUCAUCUCGGAGCAACACUUGGCGAAAGCAGUCACAAUACCAAAACAAAUAAUGAAGCUAAUCACAACCAGGAAGAUACGUAUGCAGAAGCACAGGAAGGAAUUUAUGAUAAAUCCGGAGACAGUCGUCAUAAAAAAGUCGAAAAUUCUGAGCAUUUUGAUACAACAAAAAAUCUGAACAAAGAAAAUAGCAAUGCAGAAAACAAAUCAUCAGAUAAAGGUCAUCAUAUUGUAUGCAACAUCAACCCAACGUUUGAAAGUGAUAGUAUAUCGAGUGGAGAAGAACAAAAUAAAGUAGCAAUGGUUUCCUCAACCAGUCGAUCGUUUGAUUCUACUGAAGAACACAAACAAAAAGAAACUACAAAAGCGGAAACAAAAGACUGGAUUAACUUAAGUCAUAAAGAAGAUGAUUAUGAGUAUUCUAAUACAUCCAGAAGUCUCAAGGAACAGCAUACCAAUGGCAAUCCAGAAUCUUCAAUAAGAAAUGAUCAGACAAACUCGUACACAAAUCAAACAUUUGAGAGAGAAGAAAAUCAAGAAGUGGAUGGAGAAAGAAAUAAAAAAAAAAACGACAAACAGUUCAAAAACGGUGACGCAAAUGAAGGAAGUACCGAUCAAGCCGAAACAUCGAAAGGAGACACUAUUCAUUGAAUGCUGAUCAGAUAUUUAUUCCUUUUCAGAUGUUAUUUCUUUUUAUUAAUAACCAGUGUAAAUGAGUUUUCAUAUCAUUAUGCUAAUAUACAAUACGUGAAAUCAUUAAUAUAAUCCAAAUAUUACUCCGUACACUACCGUAUAUGCAAAGCGUGAAAUACGUAUCAUAAGUCAUUGAAGGACUGACAUGUAACACAAGAACGCAAAGAGAUAAAAGGUAAAAUGGCAAAUAACAAUAAUUCCAAAUACCACGCAUGAAAACUUAGAUGGAAAACAUUUUAACACCAGAUUUGACAGAUCAAUAAAUGAACACAAUUAUGUGCGAAGAUAAAUAUGUCCAACUUAUUGCACCUGUCGUCUUGCUUGUGACAUAUUUACAUGCUUAUAGCUUGCUGUUCGGUGUGAGCAAAGGUUCUAUAAUGGUUUACCUUUAUAAAUUUUCACUUGGAUGGAGAGUUGUCUCAUUGGCACUCAUACCACAUCUUCUUAUAUCUAUGUAUAACGGAGAUAAUACCUUUUAUUUUGUGAAAGUUAUCAGCUUGAACAGGCGUCCUGAAUUGUGUAAAUAUUCACUAACUAUUAUUAACAAAAGUUUUAAUUUAUCAUUCACGUGUUUAAAUGAAGUUUAAUGUUGAAUGUAAAUACGUCAUAUUUUUUAUAUGUUUUGGGUAUCAUUAUCAUAAAUUUGUAAACUACCAUACUGCUUAGGUCAUUCUCUAUAUUCAAUAAAAACUCUCAGACAAAACUAAUUG